GCGGAAGGAGAUGCAGUUCCGGCAAUUAACAAGCAUCCCGGACAAAUAAUAUUGUUUCCCAGGUGAGAUGUAGCUCGUCUCCCAUUAUCUUUUACCAAAUUAAUUUAUUACUUUAAAAGAAACCUCAAGUGAAAAGUGGAAAGAACUGUGCUUCUCAACAACGACAGAAAUUCAACAGGUUCAACUUGGUUCCCGAUCUCGCUUGAACAUCGUUUAAUGGUCUUUGUGCUAUUUAGUUUAAACUGCAAGGUCACUAUUAAGCUCAGUUCGUUUAUGAAGACCAAGACAGUACAUCAUCCUUCCUUCCUUUCAUUCAGAGCUACGGUCUUGCUAUAAACAAUUAUUUGUUCCUGUUUUUUAAUGGAUUAUUAGAUGAUGGAUAAAUUUGUUAUAAGGACACCCAGAACUAAAGGAGAACCAACAGGGAACGAUCCCGGGAAAAAGGUUUAUAAACAAGCUACAAUAGAAUCUCUAAAGAGAGUGGUAGUCGUAGAAGAUAUAAAAAGAUGGAAAUCUGUACUGGAGCUUUCAAUUCAACCUAAGGAGAACCUAAUUGAGGCCUUGAUGGAGUUAAAGAAGAAAAUACCCUCCAAGGAAAUUUUGCUUUCAACGAAAAUAGGUCAUACAGUGAAUAAGAUGCGGAAACACCCAGACCAGGAUGUGGCCACUCUUGCAAAAGAGGUGUACACCGAGUGGAGAAGUUUUAUUAAAAACCACUCAAAUAGACCUUUAAUUGAAGUCAGGAGUAAUCCCAGAACAGAGGGCCUGAGACAGAAUGCCCGGAAGCUACUCGCAGAAGCUCUAGAACUCGAGAUUGGUCACCUGCUGGCAGAAAAUAUUGAGCAAGAAGCUUUUUAUCUCUCUUCCCAUCUCGUUAAUACGUCCUACCGCAGGACGGUGCGGGCGCUCGUGUUCUCUUUGAAGCACAAUCCUGAAACUCGCGCACAAGUGCAAAGUGGGGUUUUGUCAGUGAAGAUGCUUGUCCAAAGCCACAAAAAGUAAUUCAUAUACCUCUUGAAGAUUGGAGGAUGUACAAUGGCAUAAGUAUUCCAAAAGAUGGGACUUAUUUUUUGGGUGGACUAAGUAGGUUUUGGAUCAAUAAUAAUGCAGAAACAUGUAUAUUUAAGAAAGUUUGUUGCUGGCCCAAUCAUCAUUUGAAGCAAGUGGUGUUAUGCAAGGUUGGGUAAGGGCAGGGGUGAAAAGUAAAAUUUGUGACUACCGGUUCUGUGGGCGUGGCUUGGGGGUAAUGUGACUGGGUGGGUCUGGCCACCUUUUUUUUUAACUUUUAAAAGCAUUUUUUUCUCCAACCUCUUCUGGUGAAGAGGUUGUAAAAAAGUGCUUUUAAAAGCCUCUGAUGAUCCCAGCUGAGCCGCGCGAU